AAGAAGCGGAGUUGCGCGCGUGCUGUGCGCCAGUCGACGCGAGUGCGCGGCACGAGGGGCAUGCGGCCGAUAACGAAUCCGUCGACCCGAACGAUCCGCGUGGUGCUCGAAUGAGAGAGGUGACUAAGGUGCGCGCAGCAGCGAGAGUCGAAGACGAUGUGCGUCCGGUUCACGCCGGCCUAUCACGACGACGACGACGACGACGACGAUGACACUGCCGCUGCUGCUGCCGGGACCGCUUACCGUGGCGCUUUGCGCGCUUCUGGCGUUCGUCGCGACGACUGGCGCCUUCAGCGGGCACGUAGAAAAGCAGCGCUACGACGGCUGGUACAACAAUUUGGCGCAUCCCGACUGGGGCUCCGUAGACAGCAGGCUGAUACGCAAGGCGCCGGCGGCUUACAACGAUGGAGUUUACAUGAUGGCAGGCCAGGACAGGCCGUCGCCUCGCAAGCUCAGUGACCUGUUCAUGCAGGGCGAAGAUGGGCUGCCCUCCGUCAACAACAGAACUGCCCUCUUUGCUUUUUUCGGACAAUUGGUAACGUCGGAGAUAAUAAUGGGCAGCGAGAGUGGAUGCCCGAUCGAGUUUCAUCGCAUCGACGUGGACAAGUGCGAUGCUGUCUUCGAUAAGGAUUGCCAAGGCGAUAAGUUCAUUCCGUUCUUGCGCGCCGACUAUGAUCGACAGACUGGACGCAGCCCUAAUAGUCCGCGUGAACAGAUCAACAAAGUGACCAGUUGGAUCGACGCCAGCUUCAUAUACUCGAGCAGCGAGGCCUGGGCGAACGCGAUGCGCUCCUUCAAAAACGGCAGCUUCCUCAUGGAGCCCACCAGGCAGUUCCCCGUGAGAAACACCAUGCGCGCGCCGCUCUUCAACAACGCCGUGCCGAACGUCAUGCGCUCGCUCAGCCCCGAAAGACUGUAUCUAUUAGGCGAUCCGAGAACUAAUCAGCAUCCACCGCUCCUCGUCUUUGGCAUAUUGUUCUACCGAUGGCACAACGUGAUCGCAGCGCGCGUGCAGUACGAGCAUCCCGACAUGUCGGACGAGGAAAUUUUCCAAAGAACUCGAAGGAUCGUCGUUGGAACGCUACAGAACAUCAUCAUGUACGAGUACCUGCCGACGUUGCUGGGUGAACAGUUGCCAGUUUACGACGGUUACAAGCCCGAUCUUCAUCCGGGUAUCACUCACGUUUUCCAAAGUGCAGCCUUCAGGUUUGGACACACGAUGAUACCUCCAGGCAUUUACAGGCGAGACGAGCAGUGCAAUUACCGAUUGACCAAUACCGGCGAACCCGCGAUCAGACUUUGCACUACUUGGUGGGACUCCAAUGAAAUCUUGGCCAACAGCACGGUGGAGGAGCUGCUGAUGGGUCUGUCGUCGCAAGUGGCCGAGCGCGAGGACAAUCUCCUCGGCACGGACAUCCGCAACAACCUGUUCGGCCCGAUGGAGUUCUCACGGCGCGACCUCGGCGCGCUCAAUAUCAUGCGCGGUCGCGACAACGGCCUCGCUGACUACAACACCGCUCGCGUCUUCUUCGGCCUGGAGCCGCGCAAAACUUGGAACGAGAUCAAUCCCGAGCUGUUCAAGCGCAAUCCCGAGCUGCUGCGCACCCUCAUGGAGAUAUACUCGAACGACUUGGACAACAUCGACGUCUAUUUGGGCGGAAUGCUGGAGUCGACAACGGGACCCGGACAGCUCUUCACUGCUGUGAUCAAGGAUCAGUUCUUGAGGCUCAGGGACGCCGAUAGAUUUUGGUUCGAGAACGAUAAGAAUGGUAUCUUCACGAAAAGCGAGAUCGAGGAUAUCAAGCGGGUGUCCUUGUGGGAUAUCAUAACGAAUACGACGGACAUCAGUCCGGAUGCCAUACAGCGACAAGUGUUCAGUUGGAAGGACGGCGAUCCUUGUCCUCAGCCAUAUCAAUUGAAUUCCUCCAUUUUAGAGCCUUGUAUGCCUCUUCAACGCUACGAUUACUUUGUGGGUAGCGAACUAGUCUACAUCUACGCGUGCGUAUUCCUCGGCUUCAUACCAAUCCUGUGCGCGGGCGCGGGCUACGGCUUGGUCAAGCUGCAGAAUCGCAAGCGGCGUCGUCUGAAAGUCCUGCAAGAGGCGCUGCAGAAGCGCAACGGCGACGGCAAAAUCUACGUCGACAAGAUGAUUGUGCGCGAGUGGCUGCACGCUAAUCAUCGGCGUAUGAUCAAGGUCAAGUUCGGGCCCGAACCGGCGCUCUACGUGGUGGAUCGCAAGGGCGAGAUGCUCAGAACGUUCAGCUUCAAGGAUGUCAAUACCGUCACCAUCGAGGAAUCUCAGGAGCCCGAGAGCGGCCAAUCGAAAGGCCUCGUUCUCUUGCGCAUACCUCGCGACUACGAUUUGGUAUUGGAACUGGACUCCUUGGGCUCUCGUCGCAAGUUCAUCAGCAAGCUCGAAACAUUCCUCAGCUCCCACAAGAAGCACUACACGCGAUCGCAGACGAAUCGCGACAUAUUGCUCGCCAAGGCGGAGACCAAGGAGCGCCGACAGAAGAAGCUCGAGCAUUUCUUCCGCGAGGCGUACUCGUUAACCUUCGGCUUGCGUCCAGGCGAGAGACGACGGCGAUCCGAAGACAACGACAGCGGCGAGGUGGUGACGGUUAUGCGCACUUCGCUGUCGAAGAGCGAAUUCGCCAGCGCCCUGGGCAUGAAGUCCGACGCCGUGUUCGUGAAGAAGAUGUUCAACAUCGUCGACAAGGACGGCGACGGGCGCAUCUCCUUCCAGGAGUUUCUCGACACGGUACUGCUGUUCUCGCGCGGCAAGACCGAGGACAAGCUGCGCAUCAUCUUCGACAUGUGCGACAACGACAGCAACGGGGUCAUCGACAAGGAAGAGCUCUCGGAAAUGCUCAGAUCGUUGGUCGAGAUCGCGCGAACCACCAGUCUGUCGGACGACCACGUGACCGAGUUGAUCGAAGGCAUGUUCCAGGGCGCGGGAUUGGAGAGAAAAGACUUUUUAACGUACGCCGACUUCAAGCUAAUGAUGAAGGAGUACAAGGGCGACUUCGUGGCGAUAGGCCUGGAUUGCAAAGGCGCCAAGCAGAAUUUCCUCGACACGUCGACCAACGUGGCGCGAAUGACGAGCUUCCACAUCGAUCAGCUGCCGCCGGAGGACGCCAAGUCGUGGCUGCGCAAGCAGUGGGACGCGUUGUCCACUUUCCUCGAGGAGAAUCGCCAGAACAUAUUCUACCUCUUCAUUUUUUAUGUGAUCACCAUCGUGCUGUUCGUCGAGAGAUUCAUUUAUUACUCUUUCAUGGCGGAGCACACGGAUCUACGUCACAUAAUGGGCGUAGGGAUAGCGAUAACCCGCGGUUCGGCAGCGGCGAUAUCGUUCUGCUACAGUUUACUCCUGCUCACGAUGUGCCGCAACAUCCUGACGAAACUCAAGGAGUUCUCGAUACAGCAGUACAUACCGCUCGACUCGCACAUCCAGUUCCACAAGAUAGUCGCGUGCACGGCUGGCUUCUUCUCGGUGCUGCACAGCGUCGGGCACAUCGUCAACUUCUAUCACGUGUCGACGCAGCCUCUGACCCAUCUGCGCUGCCUUACCAGUGAAAUUAACUUUGCCAGCGACGCCAAGCCUACCAUAUCUUUCUGGCUGUUCGAGACCGUUACGGGAACCACGGGUAUACUGCUCUUCAUAAUAAUGACGAUAAUCUUCGUGUUCGCGCACCCGACCAUCAGGCAGAAGGCGUACAAAUUCUUCUGGAUCACGCACAGCCUGUACAUCGCGCUUUACGCGCUCUGCCUGAUCCACGGCUUGACGAGAUUGACCGGCUCGCCGCGAUUCUGGCUGUUCUUCAUCGGGCCGGCCAUCAUUUUCGCCUUCGACAAGGUGGUCAGUCUGCGCACCAAGUACAUGGCUCUGGACAUAAUCGAGACCGAGCUGUUGCCAUCGGACGUCAUCAAAAUCAAGUUCUACCGUCCGCCCAACCUCAAGUACUUGUCGGGUCAGUGGGUGCGUCUAGCGUGCAGCGCCUUCCGAUCGAACGAGUUCCACUCGUUCACUCUGACGUCUGCUCCGCACGAAAAUUUCCUCUCGUGUCACAUCAAAGCCCAAGGACCGUGGACUUGGAAGCUCAGGAAUUACUUCGAUCCGUGCAAUUACAAUCCCGAGCAGGAUCGGCCCAAGAUCCGAAUCGAAGGACCUUUCGGCGGUGGCAAUCAGGAUUGGUACAAGUUCGAGGUGGCUGUUAUGGUCGGAGGUGGCAUUGGCGUCACGCCUUACGCCUCGAUGCUCAACGAUCUUGUGUUCGGUACUUCGACCAACAGAUACUCCGGCGUCGCUUGCAAGAAGGUCUACUUCUUGUGGAUAUGUCCGUCGCACAAGCACUUCGAGUGGUUCAUCGACGUGCUGCGGGACGUCGAGAGGAAGGACGUGACGAACGUCUUGGAAAUUCAUAUUUUUAUAACGCAAUUCUUCCACAAGUUCGAUUUGAGAACGACGAUGCUCUACAUUUGCGAGAAUCACUUCCACAGAGUGUCGAAAAAUAGCAUAUUCACAGGACUUAAAGCGAUCAAUCAUUUCGGCCGACCCGACAUGUGCUCGUUCUUGAAAUUCGUCCAGAAGAAGCACAGCUACGUGAGCAAAAUCGGAGUGUUCAGCUGCGGACCGCGUCCUUUGACAAAGAGCGUCAUGUCCGCCUGCGACGAGGUGAACAAAGGCCGUAGGCUGCCCUACUUCAUCCACCACUUUGAGAAUUUUGGCUGAUACGACGUGCAGACGACCACCACCAUGAGGAUCUAUUAUUAUUAUUAUUAUUACUAUUACUAUUAUUAUUAUUAUUAUUAUUAUUAUUUUUUUUUUUUCUUUGUAAAUAUUGUUUCGCGUGUGUAUGUUGUGAGACUUUUAAUGAUUAUUCUAUUACGUACUCGUUUGUAGUCUAACGGGUCGAGAUAUCGCGACGAACACAACAAUCGCGAGAACGAGUCUUAUUUUUUUCGUUUUUGUUUUUCACGUCUUCUCAAUUUCUAAUGAUUUUCUUGGAGUUUCUCGAGAGGAGCCGAGUCAUAUCUGCCGAAGAUGCAAACCUACCCGCAUCGCAAUACGUUAACGGCAAAUACAUCAAAGUAUUUUGCAUAUUUUAUAAAAUUUAUAUAUAUCGAGAGUUUUAUUACCUCAGAUACAUCCUCGAGCGAUUAUCCCUUCGUUAUGUCGAGGCAUAAAUAAUUAAUUUUAUUAGAAAUAUCCGACAUGUUUGUUACGUUCUUCGCUUAAAUAAAUUAUUGCGGAAUUUUUUUUUUUAUGUAAGAUUGACAUGCUUGUAUGUAUGCAAUAGGUAAUAAAUUUUUUGACGUAAACGCAUAA